AUUUCAAGGAACUCUAUCUCUCUCGUCUUUACUGCUCGAUCUACUUGAAUUGCAACAUAAACAAAAGAGAUGGCAGGUAAUGGUGAUGAGGUUAUUGCAUUGUUGUAUUGGGGAGGUGAGAUUGUGAAGACUGGCUACCUCGGUUCCGUUGACUAUUCAGAGCCCCCAAAAGCCACGUGCUUUAUAAGGAAAAUCAGCUCUCACGCUGAGCUCGUGGCGAAAGUGCACGCAGCGAUGGCCACUAACAAAGACAACACGAGCCUGGCUCUGUAUGGGAGGUACCCGACAACGUUCGCCGGAGACAAAGUGGUGUUUGUUUCUGUCCCACUCACCGACGACCGAUCGUGGCGGUGGUUUGUGUUGGAGAUGUUGCCUUCGCAGCCUCUUCAUGUGUAUGUCAUUGCUACUGCAAAGGAAAAGACUCAAAAGAGAAACUGGCAGCAGACGACGAUGAAGAUCGUUGUGCUUUCUUUGACCGGGAAGACGACUGAACUGGAUGUAGAACCGUCCGACACCAUUGAUGAUGUGCAGGAACAGAUUAAGGAGCUGGAAGGCAUCCCAGUUGAACACCAGCGGCUUAUCUUCGCCGGAAAGCUUCUCCAGGAGGGUCGCACACUUGAGGACUACAACAUCCAGAGCGGCUCUACUAUCCAUCUCGUUCUCCGCGUGUGCGGUUGUUGAAACAUGGUUUAUGUUGCACAAAAACACGAAAUGUCAUUUUCAAUUGGAACAAAAGUGCUUGACAAGUUUAUGAAACAUUUUCAAUCAGACGGGUAGCUAGUUUGAUACUUUCAUCAAGGGAAAUUAUUUAAACAGGACUUAAAACUUUUGUGUGCUUACAAACUAGGGUUAUCAUGUUCUAUAUUCUUAAAAUAACACUAAUUAAUGUCAUUUUGGCAAGAUAAGAUUUUUAACAUGAGAGUAUUUUUUAAACUUCACAUUAAUUAUUUUUAUUUUUAGAAAUAAAAAUAUGGAAGUCUUAUCUCGAAAUUUUUAAACUUUUUCACUCCUAAUUCUGCCAUUUAAUUAUUUGGACCGAUGUAUGGUUGAUCAUUGUUGGGAAAAGUACAACUCUUUUCUUCGAGGCUUACAUACGAGCUCAUAUGUACUUCCUAGGACAUUUGAAC